GCCGGCGGCGCUUCCGGCGGGCGCGGAGCGGGGCCCGCCAUGGGCAUCCUAGAGAAGAUCUCGGAGAUCGAGAAGGAGAUCGCCCGCACGCAGAAGAACAAAGCCACUGAGUACCACCUGGGCCUGCUGAAGGCAAAGCUUGCAAAAUACAGAGCUCAGCUGCUGGAACCCUCCAAAUCCCCGGCAGCAAAGGGCGAGGGCUUCGAUGUGAUGAAAUCAGGAGAUGCCCGGGUGGCACUGAUCGGUUUUCCUUCUGUGGGGAAGUCCACGUUUCUGAGUUUAAUGACCUCGACUGCCAGCGAAGCCGCAUCGUACGAGUUCACCACGCUGACCUGCAUCCCAGGAGUCAUAGAAUACAAAGGAGCCAACAUUCAGCUGCUGGAUCUGCCUGGAAUCAUCGAAGGAGCAGCUCAAGGGAAGGGCAGAGGCCGGCAGGUGAUUGCUGUGGCCAGGACAGCAGAUGUCGUGAUCAUGAUGCUGGAUGCCACCAAGGGUGAGGUGCAGAGGGCCUUGCUGGAGAAAGAACUGGAAUCUGUAGGAAUCCGGCUGAACAAAAGCAAACCAAAUAUCUAUUUCAAGCCCAAGAAGGGUGGAGGUAUCUCCUUCAACUCCACUGUCACAUUGACUCAGUGCUCUGAGAAGCUGGUUCAGCUCAUCCUCCACGAAUACAAAAUCUUCAACGCUGAGGUCCUGUUCAGAGAGGAUUGUUCCCCUGAUGAGUUCAUUGAUGUGAUUGUAGGAAACAGGGUCUACAUGCCGUGCCUCUAUGUUUAUAACAAGAUUGACCAGAUAUCCAUGGAGGAGGUGGAUCGUCUUGCUCGGAGGCCCCACAGUGUUGUCAUCAGCUGUGGCAUGAAGCUGAAUCUGGAUUACUUGCUGGAAAAGCUCUGGGAGUACCUGGCACUCACCUGCAUUUACACCAAGAAACGGGGACAGAGACCAGACUUUACAGAUGCCAUUAUUCUACGGAAAGGGGCCUCUGUGGAACAUGUGUGCCAUCGGAUUCACAGAUCAUUAGCCAGCCAGUUCAAAUAUGCCUUGGUGUGGGGGACAAGCACAAAGUACAGCCCUCAAAGAGUGGGUUUAACCCAUAUGAUGGAGCAUGAAGAUGUCAUUCAGAUUGUGAAGAAGUAACUGCUGGUGCCUGGCCUUGUCUUUAAUCACUGCAAUUGGAACUGACCAUGUAAAAACAAAACACACCAAAAAAAAAA